GUUUGGGUGUCUUCAGAUUUCCUUGUCUCGAGGUCCGCACAAUUGCUCUACAACUCAGAAUAGCAACUGCUGAGGCUGCCUUGGGAAGAGGAUGAGCCUAAACAAGGCUCUGAUGCUGGCGGCCCUCGCCCUGACCACCGUGAUGAGCCUCUGUGGAGGUGAAGACAUUGUGGCUGACCAUGUUGCCUCUUACGGUGUAAACUUGUACCAGUCUUACGGUCCCUCUGGCCAGUUCACCCAUGAAUUUGAUGGAGACGAGGAGUUCUAUGUGGACCUGCAGAGGAAGGAGACUGUCUGGCAGUUGCCUAUGUUCAGCAAAUUUAGAAGGUUUGACCCGCAGGGUGCACUGACAAACAUCGCUGUGUUAAAACAUAACUUGAACAUCGUGAUUAAACGUUCCAACUCUACCGCUGCUACCAAUGAGAUUCCUGAGGUCACAGUGUUUUCCAAGUCUCCCGUGACACUGGGUCAGCCCAACACCCUCAUCUGUCUUGUGGACAACAUCUUUCCUCCUGUGGUCAACAUCACAUGGCUGAGCAAUGGGCACUCAGUCACAGAAGGUGUUUCUGAGACCAGCUUCCUCUCCAAGAGUGAUCAUUCCUUCUUCAAGAUCAGUUACCUCACCUUCCUCCCUUCUGCUGAUGAGAUUUAUGACUGCAAGGUGGAGCACUGGGGCCUAGACGAGCCUCUUCUGAAACACUGGGAGCCUGAGAUUCCAGCGCCUAUGUCAGAGCUCACAGAGACUGUGGUCUGCGCCCUGGGGUUGUCUGUGGGCCUCGUGGGCAUUGUGGUGGGGACCGUCUUGAUCAUCCGAGGCCUGCGUUCAGUUGGUGCUUCCAGACGCCAAGGGCCCUUGUGAAUCCCAUCCUGGAAGGGAAGGUAAGAUUGAGAUUUGUUAGAGCUGGAGGUACAGGAAGGAAAGUGGGAGGGAGUUGUUGACAUGAAUAUGGUUGAAAGUUGUAGGGGAAUUGGGAAGUGGCAUGAUGAGCACACAGGAGCCCCCUCGGACCCAUCGAUCUCAUGUCUGUCCUGUUGCAGGUGCAUCGCCAUCUACAGGAGCAGAAGAGUGGACUUGCUACAUGACCUAGCACUAUUCUCUGGCCUGAUUUAUCAUAUCCCUUUUCUCCUGCAAAUGUUUCUCCUCUCACCUCUUCUCUGGGACUUAAGCUGCUAUAUCCCCUCAGAGCUCGCAAAUGCCUUUGAAUUCUUUCCCUGACUUCCUGAUUGUUUUUCUUUUCUCAAGUGUUACCAACUAAGAGAUGCCUGGGGUAAGCCGCCCAGCUACCUAAUUCCUCAGUAACCUCAAUCAAAAAUCUCCAUGGAAGCAAUAAAUUCCCUUUAUGAGAUCUA